UUGUUUAUGUUGGAGACAGAUUGUUAACCCUCUCUCUAUCAGUCCGUAUGUCCAUAUCUCAUACGUACCUACGUAUGCUGCUCGCUCGCUAGCUAUCUCGCCACUAACCUGCGCCACCAAGUGCAGACACGGCACAGCUUUAUGUGUAUUGCCAUGCUCAGUCCAGCAUUGUACACAAACACACAAUGACAAGCAUCCCGUAUCAGUUUUCAAAUAUUUGUUCAGUUGAUUUGGAGUAAGAUUUUAAAUCCUAUCUGAGUGUUUAGCAUGUUCAGAAGUAUUCACUUAGACCUUAUCAAGUUAAAUCUAGGUCAUUAAUGUGUAUUGAUAUUUUUCUAAAGACUUUUGGCAAAAAUUGUACAUGAUUACAUGAGGAUCUUGUCACUCAUUUUGAUUUCAAUACAGAUAGAAGUAGAUUCUAGUUUGUUGGGGAAAAAACAUUUCCUGUGCAGCAAACAAGUAAUUUUGCUUAUACUUUUGGCAUAGUUCCAAUGAAAUGGUCAGAAAUACACUUUCAAAACUGAAAUAUUCACUAAGUCAUGCCAGGAGAUGUGAAAAUAGGAGGUUGUAUAAUUAAGUAAGCUUAUCAAACUUUCAGCAACUGUAUUUCGAUACCCAAUGUUAUUUCUGAAAGACAUCUCAAGCAGUGCAACUGGGGAUUUCGAAGCUCAUGUGACCGAACUUACUACUAACUGCCACUGUAUGUAACCUGGGACCGUGGGGUUGCCUUGUUGUUAUCGGGUUAACUCGUCACUACAAUGUCCUGGUUCAAUUCUCCACUUCGAUUCAAUGUAUGAAGCCAAUUUCUGGUGUUCCCCAUCAUGAUAUUGAGGUUUCUGAAGUUGGAGUAAAACCAAACUCACUCACCCACACACAUACAUCAAUUGUAAAGUUCAAACAUCUUUUUGAAAGUGACAAGAUCACUUGUAACAAGGUACUUUAUCCAUCUGACCUGCUGCGUGACCUGUUAGAGUGCUAUGCUGGGCUGAGAGUGGAACGUCCUCACAGGAGUUCUGCGCAGUGUCCAGAAUGUAGUGGAAUAGUCAAUAUGAAUGCAUAUAUCCAUUGUGUGUAACUUCAUGGCUGUUUACAGUUUGCAACAACAUGCAAUAUCCCAUCAAUCAAACCGAUUGUGGUGAUGAUUCUGAAAUAUUAUGUAUUCACUUAUUUUGUUAUUUUCUUAUCCUGUCAUGAAGUCCUGCUUUUUGUAUUAUUGGUCCCUCCCACACAGUGCAUUUAUCUACACGAUGUAACCUGGUCACUUUGUUUCACUGUUAAUGUUGUCGGCAUUAAUUCAUUCCUAGAUUUGUAUGAGAGGCUGUGAUACUAACAAGUUUCUUGCAUGAUAGUUUAUUAUAGUCUACUAAAAAUACAAGAUAGAUAUUUUCACUUCAUCAUGUUUGCUGAAGGGAUGUAUAAAGUAUUGUCUCAAUAUACAUGUCACAGUAAGAAAUUUGUUGAAAUUUGCAUUUGAUAAAAAUGCAAUGUGUUAAAAAAAAUUUCAUUAUGAAAUAUGUAUUCUCAUACCAUUCACCAAAAAAAUCCUUAAGGUUAUGGAUAAACAGUAGAAUUUCCUGUAUCAUUAUCUUUAGUCAUAUGUAAACGCUUUUAAUAUGCAGUCAUAGACUCAUAAUGCUAGUCCACAAACACGUAGCACAUAUGUGAAGUGCAGAGCUUAAUGUUGCAUGUAAAUAGAUAGGGUAUAUCAUAUAUUUUCCGUUAGUUAAUAUUACAUUGUUGAUAUUUACAUGAUCAAAGAUAUGAAAAAAACUUUUGAUUGCUCAUAAUUAGAUGCUAUUCAGUGGCAUCACAUGGAAUUAUAAUUGGUUUUAUAUGUGUUGUGGAAAUGCCAACAAGUCUUGAAGACAUUUCAUUCUGAACACGACAGUAUGACGCAUGUAGUUUGUUUAGUUCCAGUUUUGUUUCCCCUUUGCAUCAGCACAAAUUAGUGAUACUUUAAAUCAUGUGUUCCUACACACCAUUUUUUUCUCUUAUGAAUUUUGAAUUUGAAGUUUUCCCAACAUUUGUUUUGAUUAUUUGAUAACAAUAACACCAGCUGUUACUUCAGUAUGAUGCUAAAUUCAUAGAAACCAAAUGAAUUGGAUUGUGAUCAAUAAAUUAAGGAGUGUUUUCCCUAUUUGUGUAUCAAUAAAGGAGACUCUGUUCACAACUUUUUAUGAGUUACCAGAAAAUGUAUGUACAUGUAUUUUCUUUUUUCAUCCAAAUACCAUUAACCCUUGCAAAGAUAUCAUCUCCUUUCAGCUCUGGUGAGGUGAUUUGGAGAUGUUUAUGUUUUGUUUUGUGUGUUCCUAUUUUGCUUAUUUUGAUUCAUCCAGGCUCUACUUUUUGUUUGUUUGCAUGUCAUCAUAAUCAUCGUACCAUGGCGGUAUCAUUGUCAUUGUGUAUCAUACCAUAAUCAUUCAUAUGUCUGUUUUACAAUUUACUGGUGUUACCUGUGGUAAUAAAAUUGAACUUUAUAUUUGCAUGUCAUACAUUUUAAAGACAAUAUAUGACAACAUUUUGGAAAUAUCUUCGUCUUUGAAUAAUCAUGUUUCCAGCAUGGUGUAGUAUAAGAUUGUUUGUAAAACAGACAUGACAUCAUGGCCUAAAUCUCAUCUUUUUUGCAGUUGAUUUAUUUUAUGCACAAUUAUACAUCGUGGAAAUACAUCUUUCAGUGGUCAUUCUCCACCCUAAGGGUUUGAGUGAAAGCUUGUUUUGUUGAAUUAUUCACACUAGUGCAGUUUCCUCCUCCUCCUCUCCUGUCUAAUAUUCCCACCUACAUCAACAGUGACAUGAGGUCAUAUAUAUAUAUACUUUCAUGUGGCACACUAGCCUAGGUGCUUGUUUGCAUGACAUAGUGUUGUCGGGUAUGUAGAUGGUUUCAAGUAGCUAUUCUUGCUGUGUAGAUGUCAUCUACCAAAGAUAAAAGUGAAUGUUCUGAAACAAAAUCACACCGUUACUAAUUAUAUUCACUCUCAGUAAAUCAGAUUCUUUGUGGAUAAAAUAAUGUUUUUGCUUUUACAAGCACUCUUCAGUCGCAAUUGAUUGUUGUUGCUGUGAGAGUUAUGCAAAAUUAUUUGAACUUUUUUGGGUGUACUUUUCUCCCAUUGAACAAUAUUUUCCACAAGUGUUUACACUUGAAAACCUUAUCCUCCUUUGUUUUGAUUUAAUACUUACAUACUAACACUUUUCAUCUUGUAUCUGUUAUAGAUAUGCCUUGGUAUUAAAUAUUAUUGGUAUAGUUUGUUUGAUGUUGGUUGUAGUAGCCGUCUCUUAUGAAAAAAUAUUGAAAAAUAUACAAGGAUAUUAGUCUAUGAUUAUUCUAGAUUAGUUAUUUUUUCUCACUUUUAUUAUAAAGUUACUGAAAAGUAUAACAGUUUAUUGUUCAUAUUGGUGGAAUGUGAAGUACGUUAUAGGUGUGAUAAUGAUGGCACAGACAAGAGAUACUCACAACUUGAUCUAUAGAUUCUGUUAAAUGUCAAGUAACAAUAUAUUUUGUUUUUCAUGAUCAAGACUUUACUUGAAAUUUUUAAAUAUGCAGCACUGCGCGUAAGAGAAAAAUGGUAGAGACAUUGAAAGAUAAAGUAUGAAAUUGUUUAUCUGGACAUCAUGUUUGAUGCACUGCAAGGUUUAUUGCAAACCACUUUACGUUCAUUGAUAACUCAACAAAUACUUUCUGAUAUAGCAAUGUCCAUCAACAUGACUAAAGCGUGGCUUAUAACUAACGCCCAAGCAACGAAAACAAACCAGGAUUAAUUCAGGGUAGUGGUGGAAUUGUCAACUUGAAUAACUCUGCAUGAAAGUUCGAAUUAUGAUGGCAAUAUUUGGCAUGAAUGUAUUACAAAACUUAACACACUGUCUUACUCUGAAAGGGUUAAAUGUUUUAUUCUGGCAAAGUUUUGAAUUCAUGAAGAUUAUCGAUAACCUGUAUGCAUGAUAUGUAACUAAAUCAUAAAGAAAACCACUUUGGGGUUUCAAAUAUAGAAAUUGUGCAUGCAUAAAAGUGUUUGGUUAUAUGUUUUGUCAAAUGUGCUGCUUAUUUAAUUCACCUUUGCACUGUGAAUUUAUGAGUGGGAUUAAACAUGGUAUUGAUGUUUGCAAUGGUUGGCAUUUAUCAUGCUUGGUACAGAUUCAUAUCCUUCUAUUGGCUAACCCUGUACAUAGCAAGUGUAUUAACAUUGACACAGCUUACUGUAUGAUAGUAAACUCUGCCAUCACCUGCAUGGUUUCCUUCAGUUAAUGUUGUCAUAGUUGGUCAUGUUUAUCGAACAGGUGUAAACGUUUUCAUGGUAAAUUUUCUAGCAUACUAACUGAGAAGCUAUGACUGUUAAUCUUGUUGAAGAUGAGUUUUCAAAUCCCGAAGGAAUUAAUGCUCAUCGCCAUCUGAAGAUGUUUGAGUAGUGAGGCGUAAGUCAAUUAUGAUGACAUUAUUGUUAACUAGAACAAGUGAUGAAGUUUGGUAAAACGUAUUGAAUUGAUACAUAACCUCUGUAAGAGGUCUGUUUUAUGGAUUGGAGAUAUAGAAUACUUUCAUCUGUAAAAGAAAAGGAAAGUGUUUGUUUUCAACCUCUUGUCUUGUGAAGGUAACCUGCUUUCUUGCUGUAACGAAGUUCUGAUGGUGUAGUUGCCAUAUACCCAUCUCUAGGUUGUCACUGCACACUGUACCCCGUCAGUAUGACAUUCACACAAUAUUCACUCAAUACCUCCUGUUCCGCUAUGGUUUUGCCAUAUACUGAUUUUGUGGUGAAUGGGAUUCUUUCUUUUAUAGUAUCAAGACUAUUUCAUUUUGAGAAAUAUUGUUUAUUCUUGCAAUGAUCUAAAUAAUAAGUCGCUAAACCAAUUGUACAGUAAAUACUGGGCUUUGGGUGUUAAAAUGUCAGUCGUAAAUUUAAACCAGUUACAUAUUGUUUUAGCAUUUCAACUUUGUUGAUAAACAAGGAUUGUCAAAAUAAUUUUGGAAUGUAAUGCUUUCAGCUUUUGCAUUUACUAUGUCUUUAAGUGGUAGACUAUUGUAUGAAUAAGACGUGUCAGCUCCUCAUCUGUUGUAUGUAUGUUGUUGGCUUGAGUACUGCGCCAAAAGUAUUGGUAUUCUCAUAUUCAUUGAACUUAAUCUUCUCAUGAAGUUUACUGCAAAAUAAUCUUUGUUUUCACUUUAAAUCAGUUACUCUAAUCAUGUCAAUGUAUUUGCUCUAGAUAUAUCAAAACAAAUUCUUAUUUAGAUCUAUAGCAGUGUCCUUUGAUGGGAUUAUUACCUGAAGAACAUGCAUGAUAUCUGUAAUAAUUUCUUCUAUGAAGAGUACUCAUUUGACAGGAUCAUUACGACUUAACGGGUGGAUUUCAGCACCUGCAGUAGAAACGACAUUAGAUAUUAGAAAGCUGUAUGAUCACAAUAACAUGCAAUUUGUUAAUGGAAAUAAUGUUAUCACCUCUUAAUGUUGUUAACAGAAUAUAAUCUAAAACGAUUUGCCCUGAAAAAAACCCAGUGGUUGCUUUGAAGGUUGAAUUCUAUUGGGUAUGACUGGAUUGCUGUGGGUGUCUUUAAGGAUAGUUGAAAGGGUGUUGCCCUGUCCAGUGCAUGUUCUGCUUUCCUUCAAGUGAUGAUGGUUUACUUACAGCGUUUCACCACCUUUCAGAUCAGACGAGACCUAUAUUGUAAACCUGAGCUGCCUAAGGAAGCUGUUAAAAAGAGUGAAGAUGAAGCUCUGCAGCCAGCCAUUAAGAAACCAGAACAAGAGAACAAGGCUCCGGAAGUUACGGAUGAUGCUGGUGAUGGCAAUGCAGGUGCUGGUGAUGCAAGAGCUGCUACAGACGCUACCCAAAAGGAUGGGAAGGGAAGCACACCUGGAAAGACAGCAACACUUGCCAAGGUGAAGAAGGUGGCCCCCAAACCCCCGAAACUACGAACUGGGCCAGUAACUAGAUCUGCUAAGGCAUCUGGCGCAGUCACUGGCAAAGAGGACCCUAGUGAAAAGAAUGAUGUUAACUCGAAUAAGUCUACUACAUCUGCAGAGGAUGAUCAGAAGGGAAGUAUCAGCUUUUCCUUCACGAAGACGGCUCCAGCCAGGAUUGAGACGUCAGCAGCAUUUGCACCCGAACCAGAUGAAGAACAGAAAGAAAACAAUGAGAACAAUAAUGCUGAAGUUGUUCCCAGUAGUAGUGCAAAAACACCUGAUUCCAAGAAAGAAUUUUCCUUCAUGAAGAUCCUCAGCAAGGAUGACAAAGAACUGGACUGGCCUCAGGAUAUGAUUCAGUACACUAAAUGUGAACCAUGUUUGAGCUUCAGUUGCAACCCCCUCUAUUUUGACUUCAGUCAGUUAUUGUUGAAGUCUAAGCCUAAAGCUGUAGAUCCCUUACCUGAAGUGAAAGUAGUACCAGAGGAGGUUCAGGACAGUACUAAAGAAGUGAAGGAUGCUGAGGUAAAAGUGGAAGAUGCUAAACCUGAGACCAAACCUGUUGAAGUUGAGAAAGCAGAGAAAACAGAGAAAACUGACAAAACAGACAAAACUGACAAAUCUGACAAAACUGACAAAACUGAAAAAGUGGAGAAAGUUGAAAAAGUGGAGAAAGUUGAGACAGAAAAGGACGACAUACCUGACAAACAAGAAGGGAAGAAUGACAAAAAGGUAUUUGAAUUCACGGCUGAACAGGUGAAGAGUGAAAAAUCAUCAAAGAGAAAGAAACGAAAGCAUAAGAAGAAGAAAAAGCAUAACAAUGAAGCUGAUGGAGAGGAAAAUGCCAAACCAGCAGAUGGAGAGGGUGAGGACAAAGAAAAUGUUAAACACAAGAAGAAGAAGAAAAAGAGGAAAAAGCAUAAACAUAAGACAGCUGAUGGUGAGGAAACUGUUGAGAAGAAAUCUAAAAAGAAGAAGAAGAAAUCUAAAAAGAAACAUACUAAAGAGACGGGAGAAAACCAUGAGGGUGGUGAAACGGAGCAGGGGCCAUCUGAUGAAGAAAAGGCAUCCAAGAAAUCAUCACGGAAGAAGUCAAGAAGAAGAAAACGCAAACACAAAACUAGUGAACCUGACCCUGAAGCUGUCAAAGCUGAAGGAGCCACCGUAGAAGGAGCCACCGUAGAAGGUGAUGCAGAUGUUCCACCCAGAAAGAAGAAGAAGAAAGCUAAGAAAAAUAAACUUGUGCUAGAAUAUAAAGACACUGCGUCAUCUGAGUCAGGGGGUGAGAAGACAGAUUUGAAGCAGGAAUGUAAGGUGUCUGUUGCUAAUGAAGGGGAACCUGAUAAAACUCCUAAAAAGUCACUUACUCCAAGAAAAUCUACAAAUAAUGUCAACAAGACCUCUGGAGAUUUAAAGUCAACUUCUGGACAGAGUGAAAUGAAAUCCCCGCUGAAUAAGGUCUGUGGAAAAGGGACACCACAGAAAUCACCGCAGGAUGCUAAAAGUGGAAAGAAGAUAAAGACUCCUGAUGUCCAAGAUGCUAAAACUGGAUCCUUGAGAAAGAGAAAUGCAAGUGAGUCUACAACUGAUGACUUGACACCUGCAAAGUUACAGAAAUCAGAACUAAAAGAAAAAAGUCAGAAAAGUGAAGACACUUGGAGCAAGAUUGAAGGAAUCUAUGAAAGCAAACCUGCGGAUGAUACCAGCAAAUCUAAAUGGGAUACCAGUGAAAGUGAAGGUGAAGAUAUAGAAAAAGAUUCCAAGAAAGAGGAGAAAAUUCCAAAGUGUCCAAAUGGAGGGUGUAAUGAAACUGAAAAUAAAUCUGGAAAUUCUAGAAAUGAAAGCAGGGACAAUGAUAAACAAAAUGUUUCAAAUAAGAGUCGAAGAUCUUACAGCUCAUCUUCUGACUCUGACCGAUACAGUAGUAGGUCAAGAAGUCGAUCUAGGGCUAGUCGAUCUAGGGCUAGUCGAUCUAGGGCUAGUCGAUCACGGUCAAGGUCAUAUUCACGGUCUAGGUCCAGGUCCAGAUCUCGAUCUUACAGAUCACGUUCCCGUUCUUACCACAGUUACAGCGAUGAUUCCAGGUACAGCAGGUCAAGGUCAUCCAGUCGUUCACGGUCUGGAAGAAGCUACACGAGAAGUCAUUCUCGCCACAGGUCGAGAAGAAAUAGAUCAUACUCACGGUCCUAUAGCCGAUCAAGUAGAUCAAGUUACUCUAGGUCAAGAAGCUCCUCCAGAUCCUACAGUCGAUCAAGGUCUUAUACACGCUCUAGAUCUCGUUCUAGACAUAGAUCAGGUUCCAGGGGACACUCCUACAGAUCAUCAUUAUCAUCAAAGCACUCCAAACUAACACCUGCUACUAUUUCUACUAAAGAUACCAGUACCAAGGAGGAACCUCCAAGUGGAGCUGCUCUGGUUGGAACUCCAGGGGAAGAAAACAAGAAAAGUAAUUUAGAUAUCCCUCUACCUGCAAAGGAAGAAACAGAUAAGGAAACAGUACCUGAGAAAAGUGAUGCUAAGCAACUUGUUAAUAUCCCAUUGCCUCCACCUGGACAAACUGAGGGACAGUCAGCAACAACACCGAAUGCUGGGUCUUCAGGAGAUGGAGACACUUCUGUUGCUCCACCUCCACCACCACCUGAUGAGCAUAUGGGAGAUUAUGGCCCAAACAUGGGCCAUGACAUGAUGCAUGGUAUGAGACAUGGUAUGCAUCCAGAUAUGGGUAUGGGACAUGAUAUGGGCCAUUACCCAAAUAUGCCGCCGCCACCACCACCACAUGGAUAUGGACAUGGACCUCCUCCAAGAGGGAUGUUUUUCCCUGGCCCACGACCAGGACCAGGACAUCGACCAGGACCUGGAAUGGGCCAUGGUCCAAUGGGACCAGGUGGUCCUGGAAUGGGAAUGGGUCCUGGUCCAAUGGGACCCAGGGGUGGUCAUGGUAUGGGUCAUAACAUGGGGCCAGGAAGACCAAUGGGACCCAGAGGACCAGGACCAAGACCUGGAAUGGGUCCACCAGGCCCAGGAAUGGGACAUCCAGGUCGUGGUGGUCCAGGAAUGGGACAUCCAGGGCCUGGUAUGGGUCCAGGUGGACAUGGAAUGGGUCCAGGUGGCCCAGGUAUGGGACCAGGGCCAGGAAUGCGUCCUGGACCACCAGGGUCAAGGAUGGGACCCCCAAUGAGAGGACCUCCAAUGAGGAAUCCAGGACAAUUUGGACCACCUCUUGGCAUGGCCCCACCUGGGAUGCGAGGUCCCCCACUUAACAGAGGACCACCACCUGGAAUGGGCCACUAUCCACCCAGAAUGAUGGGACCCCCAGAUCACAUGAAGCCUAGAGGAUCACCACCGCCACUUCCACCUCCAAAAUCACCAUCACCUCAACCUCCACCACCCCCAAAGAAAGAAGAGGAAAAGAAAGAGGAACCCAAACCAAUGGAACCCCUUAUUCCACCUGAACAAGCUGAGCAGUAUCGCAAGCUGCAACAACAAGCAGUGAAACAUGCAAAGAGACAACAGCGUAGGCAGAAACAAAUGGAAAACGGUGAGCCUGUUGAAUCAAGCUCUGAUGAAGAUGAACAAAUGGAUACUGAAGAGAGCGCAGCUGCUCUAGCAGCAGCUGAAGCUGCUGCUGAGGAAGCAGCAGCUGUUGAAGAAGCUCAGACCAUCUUGCUACCAACUGCACAAUCUCCUCUGGUACAACAGCCAACCUUGAUUCUACAGCAACCUAUUCCCAGUCCAGUUCAGUUUGCUCAGACACCUCAACUAAUUCAAGCUCAGCCACAAUUCAUAGUGCCACAUACUGCAGGAGUCCUCAAUCAGAUGGGCAUGCCUAUUCAAGCUGGAGCUCCAGUCAUUGCCAUGCCACACAUGGCUGGUGCAACUCCUAUGUCAGGCAUGCAGGCUUACCCAAUACAAACACCAGGAGGUAUCCAGCUGGCAACUGGCCAGUCCCUGCACAGUCAGCUGUUAGCAUCAACUCAAGGGGGGCUGCACUUCCCAGCAGGUGUGGGUGGUCUUCAGGGUAUUCCUGGUCUCCAGACAAUACAGAACCUCCAGCAACUUCAAGGCUUACAGGGUUACCAGGGCAUGCAUGGUGUUCAGGGCAUUCAAGGUAUUCAAAGUUUGCAGGGCUUGCAGGGCUUGCAGGGCUUACAGGGCUUGCAUGGGUUGCAGGGGUUGGUCCCUGGUCUGCAGCAUAUGUCGCAGCAGGUUUUGAUCCCAGCACAGCCACAGGGUCCCGUCAUUCUUAUACCCCGGAUUCCACGUCCAACAUUGUGAUGAAAGUGACAUGUAGAACAGUGGUUAUUGCUUCAGUCAAGUUCAAGGUGCUGUGGAAAACAUGUAGUGUAGUAUGUGCAGAUGGUAAACUUUGAAGUGCAAUCAUAGAUCUGUUGUUAUUUUUGACAGCUACCAAAACCUAUUCUGUGAUAUGCUUUUGGUGUGAUCAUAACAGAUGUAACAGAUAAUGUGAUUGUGAUAGUCAGACCUGUAUGGUCAUUGUCCACUGGAGAGAAAUAUGACCACCAUGCUAAGUGUUGCUGUGUCUUGAACUGAAACAAAGGCAUGUUCACCAUGACUAAUUACCAUGAAUAAGGAUGGAUUCAUUUUGUGCCAAAAAUGAGUCAUGUCAUGGUUAUGAUCAGAUUGGACCUGGAUUACACAUUGUCAUGUAUGACAAAUUAUUGUUAUUAUUAUAGAUGAGCCCUCCAAGACCAUGUAAAGUGUAGCUUAUGCCUAAAGAGAACUUCGUCUUUCCUGAAUUCCUGUAUGUUGAUGCCAAGACAAUCAGCACAAUACGGAUACUGUCUGCUGCAUAAACUUUUGGAUGGACUGCAGUGUGGUAAAGUCACUGUGAAUCACAUAAAAGAUUUGCCUUUUGAUGCAGUAACGUUACAGAUAUGUAUGCUGCCUGUUGUUUGGGUUAAUCUGCAACUAUUACUUGAACUUUAUGCAUGCAACAAGUUGCUCAGUGCCAAAUGGAAAACAAAUUUGAAAAUCUUUAGCAGCGACAGGAUAUGAUGUUGAUGUUCAACACUGAGUAUGUAGUGAAAAAUGUCUCAAGAAAAUCUAGAAACUAGAAAAUCAAGGUGUAUUUGAGUAGACCCUUAGGCCAUAAUAAAGUAUUAGAUUUCCAUCCCUGCCCACUUCACUACAAAUGCCCAACAUAACAUCAUUUUGUUGUUCCUAAAUACCUACAGAUGAAGAGAAUCACUGUGCAUUCCUUUUCUAUGCUUGAUGGGAAAACAUCAUAUCCAUGUCCUACCAAAUAUCCAUGCUUCGUGUGAGUGCAUUCAACACCUAAUGCAACAGAUGCCUUAACAGCUUGUUUAGAAGGAAUAAUAAAAUACUAACUUAAAUGGCUCUUCCUGCCUCACACUUAUGAAGAAUGGGAUGAAAAUCUAAUUACGUAUUUGUUGUGGCCUCAAGGAAGAUGUACUGAUUAUUGCAUGUGUUGCUUAUUAAAAUCAUGAUAAAUGUGCUUUUAAAUGAAAACAGACAAGGUCUGUUGAGGUUUUACAGUGCUAGAGGUUUGACUUAGAUUAUCCUGUGUAAAUCUUCUCAGUUCGAUAGAGAAGUUAAAAUCUUCAAAGUGUUUUAGUGACCGAAAGUGGAUGUCAAAUGUUGUUCAUUUGGAAACACUUUGUUCUUUGUACCAGAACCUUUACCUUAAUCAGUGUCAGGCCUGGUCUGGUUAUGAUGUCUCUUAGAGCUAAUCAGGAAGUAUGUAAUCCCCCAGUUCUGUGAUGCAGAUUAACCUGUAAUUCCUGUGGAUUGUGAUGUUUUUAACAUGUGAUUGAAUAUGCAUAGAUGUUCAUAUCCAGAAUGUCAGUUGAAGGAAAGACACAAAUGAAGAUUUGGUAAAAGUCCUUUAGAAAUGUUGGUAGAUGUAGUAAUUACUUGUGCUUUUAUCAAGCAUAAAUUUAACACUUUAAUGUAAGAUGAAUAUAAUAAAUUGUGUCUGGACUCAAAAGAAGAAAAUGACAAUAUGCCAUAUUUCCGUGCUUUUAUUCAAGCUUAAGGUUAUGUUAUUUUCAGUUUUAAUUCAUUUAAACAGUCUCACACUUGACUCUUUAGUAGAGGUUAAGAUUCAUUGUAAAAUCAGGAUUAUGAUUCAUUGUAGUCUUGCUCUUGUAUCAUGUGUAAAUAGAAACAAUAUCAUUUCGAAACAACAAUAUCAUUAUGAAACUGAAACAAUUGAUAUGCGAAAGUGAAACAUUUCAAGUCAUGCACUUCUUAAAUUUUGUUUUCAGUACCCUUCAUUGUAUCAACUACUUCUUGUAGAAUAGAAAAUGCAAAGAUGAAUUGUGAUGUUUAUUUUCUUCUGUUACAUCCAUAUAAUUAAUAAAAACAAAUUUUUGGUACCUUCAUUCAUGUGUGAAGAAAAUAAUUAUUUUUUUAAUUUUAGUUAUGUAUGAUAAAUAAGUGCCUUAAUGUAAUUCAUUUUUCAAAUUAAACAGUAAUAUUGGAUCAAGUUUCUUAAAUAAUUCCCACAGAAUGUUUUUCAUAAGGGAUUCACAUACCGGUAUGCCUAACACAAGUACAUUACUAAUGAUACCAAACAAAUUUUAUGUCUGGAGUAAAAUGGGCGGUCCUUCAACAAUCCCAGGUGAUUUUAUUGUCUCAUCAUUUGAAUAACAAUCAACAUUUUAAUCAAGUCAUUAGAUGUAGUUAUUUAUCCAGCAUAUUCACAUACCAAUUGAUUCAUGAUGUCAUUGUUAUUAUUUAUGAUUCCUGAGAUUUGUUUUAUUUGUGGAAACUGUGGAAUAUGCCUUCUUUCUUAGUCACAGACAUUAAUAUAAUUUUACCUUAGUCACUAUGACAUUGUCAAAGCUGUUAUUCUAGACACCUUAUGUAAUAGUCAUAGAUCAGAAAUAGUUGUUUGUCUGUGGCCAUGAUUGUCAUGGUAUAUUCCACUGUUUCGAUCUGAGAGAGUUUUGUACCCAGCUAAGUAUAUGCAAAUUGUUGAUGAUUGUAUUAUAAUCUUUGCUCAUCUGUACAGUCAAUUGUAGUUUAAAUCAGAGGGUUUUUUUUGCUCCUAGGUCAAAUGUUGUCCUGUUACUCUGACCAGUCAGAAUGGAAUGUGUGAUGUAUGCAGCAUUGUAACAUAGCUGUUGCCUUCUCAGAAAGUAAAAAAACAUCAAGAUGUC